AUAUCAAAAACAUUCUAUAUAAUUUUAACAGAAAUUGUUCCUACAUUAGUUUUAUGGCAAUGGUUUUGAUUAUCUUCGUGUAGUGAAAGUUUAUUUAUGUCAGAAGGGAAAAAUAAAGUUUAUUGUACUGUUGUCUACACUUCUUCGUGAAGCGAGCAAAUAUUUGCCGCCAGUGCCAAUUUAUUUGAGUGUCUGUUGUGUGCUACUUGAAUGAUUAUGUGAAUUAUAUUGUGGGGUUUGACGAUAUGUUUCCACAAGAAUAUUUAUUGUUAUACCAGUUUAACUAAGAGCAAAUACGAUGGAUAGGCGAAGAAGGCCACCGGAACCAGUUCCUUUCGAUAAACCCACAGUAAAGCCUCGUGUGCCUGAGCUGUCUCUUGUACUUGAUGGUGACAACCAGAGAAAUAUAUCUCACCAUUCUUCAGAUGGAAACGGAAUGGAUGUGCAAAAUCGCUUCCCGAGCAAUUAUGUGGAAGACAAUGCAGGUGAAGCAGCAGGUACGAAGGCUAGAGCCAUUACAAAGGUGUCAGGUAGUAGUGACAUCCAGAGCUCAAAUGACUUGCAGUCUUACAAAGCGUGGAGGAUGAAACACAAACUUUAUUUACCAAGUGAAACGGAAAGAAAAAAUGCUAUUGCUGGGAGUAACCGUGAUGGCAGACCUGAAUGUGGUGUAUUUGGUGAUAAUCCACAGUCUAAGGUUUUACACACGGUAGGUAGAUCUCAGGUCAAUGUGCAGGAUAAAUUUUACUGCGAAACAUCUCGUGAAUUUGACAGUGAUGAUUAUGAAAAAUACAAUUCUGAUGCUGCAAAGAACUACAUGCAUUUCUUAGAAAGCAGUCUUCGAUUAAAAUACGACAAAGAGCCCCAAAAAACAGCAAAUGGAGAUAUGCAAAAUAAAAAUAGGAAUUGUGGCAGUACAGAUCAGAGAAACGGCAUGUCAUCAAAUUGUGAAGAGGAACAACAUGUAAGGAAAUCACCUUUGGGACUUUCAACCGAUGAUCGUGUGUUUGAUGCGACACAAAAUCGGGAACUGGCGGCCAAGGAGGUUAAUCCAUUGAAUGAUUAUCCAGAGAUAAUAGGGGAGGAGAUCCUGGAGGGAGACUCAAGUUCUCUCCAUACACAGAUGCCUCAAACUGUAAUGCAUCAAGCUGAAUCAGACUGUAGAAGACCAGGAGAAAAUUUUCCAUCACAUCCACAGAUGGUGUCCAGCAGCACCAGCCCACCACAGCAGAACAAAUUUCAAAGAAUGACUAUCCAACAACAAAUGUGCCAAGAGAGGUAUGAGACAGCAAACACUAGCCUCACACAUAAACCCUCGAGUCCACACCGUCAGAUGCCAUCGCCUUCUGCGUGGAAAAUGGAUGUGGGACAGACUCAAACUUUCCAAAACUUGCCCUCAGGUGAAGUGCCGAUUCUCGAUAAAGUUCCUUCAAGUCGUCAACCUCUGGCCAGUGGAAGUCAAUCAUUACCUGUUAAUACUUACCCGUAUGCUGCAUCCAGACAUGAGCAAUUUAAUCCUCAGGUGCAUCGUGACCAAUCACAGCCGUCUCAGCCUUGGGCAUUGGCUAGAGAAUACAGUGGUGAGCAUGUGUUAAGAACAGAGGAAGUUUGUAAACGAACAGAAGUCUACCAACAGCAGCCCUCGAGUUAUGUACCUGCGACCUAUCAACUGCACGGUGCACCCAGACAGGCAGAGUUCAACCCCAGUGUGAAUCGUGGAGUAGUUGACCAACCACACAACAGGUAUAAUGGUGAUAAUUUACUAAGAACAGAGGAAGUUGGUAAACAAACAGAAGUUUAUCAACAGCAGCCUUCGAGCUAUGUACCUGCGGGCCAUCAACUGCACAGUGCACCCAGACAGGCAGAGUUCAACCCCAGGUUGCAUCGUAGAGUAGUCGACGAAUCACACCCGAGGGUAGCACACAGAGAGUAUAGUGGUGAACAUUUGUUAAGAACAGAGGAGGUUGGGGGACGAACAGACAUCUACCAGCAGCAGCCCUCGAGCUAUGUACCCUCUGUACCUGUGGGUACACCCAGACAGGCAGAGUUCAACCCCAGUGUGCAUCGUGGAGUAGUCGACCAACAACACCCGACGGCAGCACGCAGAGUGUACGGUGGUGAGCGUUACGCAAAGACAGUUGGAGGUGAUUUGCCACAGACCUGUGUUUCUGCUGAAGUGCAAUUCUUGGGGUCUCAGCGUUCACCUGCAAGGAGUCUGGGACCAUCAAACAAGUCAGUGGGAUUCUCGACAGGAAAUUCUGUUGGUGAUCCCACAAACAGGGAGCCAGAAAAUAAAAUACAGCUGCCUUGCACAGACUAUGCAACUUUUAGGGCUACACAGUUUAAUAGUGCUGCAGCUAACAGCGUAGGACAGCCAGUUGGAGAGUAUCCAGCCAGGACAUUUGUACCCUACUGCAACGAGACGGUGCAUAAGUCGUGUAGACAUACGGGAGAUGGUAUUUCAUGCUGUGGGGAGCAGAGAAAUGGUUGCUGUCCAAGAGAAAACUCGUCCCUGGGUGGACAGUGCAGUACACCACAGUGCCACCUGCCAGAUGCGUCAGCGGGAAAGACUCGAGCUCACCGAGCCAAGAAGGGCGGCAGCCUGCACGGCUGCAGAGAUGUGCAGCUGCUCUCGGCCGUGCAAGAGACGGAGGAGGGUGUGGCGCGGAGGUGCGGGCACGUUCAGCCGGCAGAAGACGCAGCGCGUGGGUGUGCCGUGCGUGGGCCUCGACAGGCUUGCGGGCGCGGGUGCGUGGACGCAGGCGACCCGGUGGACCGUGCCAUGCUGCUCAGCGUGAUGGAGAUGAUGAAGCUGCAGAACAGGCAGAUACAGGCGCUGCAGGAUCAGCUGGGGGUGCUCAUCGCCCCGCGGCACAGGGAUCGCGGCAGGAAGGUGACCAGCAAGGGCACCCAGACGGACCCCGGCCAAUUCGCGGUGUCCGUGGGUGUCGGUACGGAGGCAGGCGGCGAGCUGGUGCCCACCGCAGACGCCCGGGCGAGACAAGCAGGCCUGGCAGAUCAGUGUCACAAGCACUGCGAGCUGCGCGACGCCCGCGGGCGGUCGCCCAGCGUGGACGAGUCGCUCAUGCUCCGGGGGCUGGACCAGGUCGAGGUCCCGGAGCCCGCCGUCAGCCCCGUGCGUCCCAUCCACGUCAGCGUGCCCUACAGCGAGUCGUCCAGCGACGAGUCGGCCAGCGUGCAGUCUGGUAAAAUAGAAGCUCAGUACAUGCAGACUCAGACUCAACAAGAGAACUGCAUGGGCUGGACAUUCUACAAUAGAGUGGUAGGCCAGGUGAACAAGAUCCUGGAGGCGUCGCCCCCUGCGGACGCGACGAGGGCUCGCCCGAGCAUCCCCGGUCACGCGGCUGGUCCCGAGUGUGUCCCCCAGGCGGCCGCAGGGCACUGCUGCGACCCGGGGGUCGGUGGGUGCGACCGGGAGUGGGCGGAUCAGGCUGCCCUCGGCAAGAGGGUGACUUUCAACCCUGGGUUCGGUCCUCUUGCUGACCCUGUGGCUGUGAACAACAGCAACGAAUCAGAGUUGAGCCUUCGCAUGAACGCUCUUGCCUUGAAGUACCUGAAAGAUGACCAGCUUACCGAGUUUGCCAGGCUCUCUGCGGGCGGGGCGAAGGGACCGGAGAGGCUGCAGGACGUGACAGUGUACGGCAUGGCCACCCAGACCACCAACCUGUCCUUCGCCACCAUGCGCUACCUGGAGCGCUACCACUUGAUCCCCCCGUCGGAGAACGCGGUCGGAGCUAACAUGGUCUCAGGGGUGAACCCUUACAUGGAGUCAAAGCCAGCUGCCAGCUGCCAACAUUCUCAUAUUCCAGCCAAAGCCCCCAACAAAAUAUUGGAUAUAUCCAAACUGAGGAAGCAGACCAAACUCUUGUGACCAUAUCUGAAGACUGAUUUUUUUAAUUUUCAAGACAUUUGCAUGUUUCAAAAACUUCAUUUUAGUUUGAACAUGUAAAAAUAAUACUUCUAAUUUAGUAUAUACUUAUAUGUAUGUAUUGAUGUUAUUUCAAUACUUUUUUGUAUUUUUUUUAUAAAAAAUGUGUUUCUUGAGUAAAUUCAUUCAUGAAUGAAAAAAAA